AUUGCGAUAACGGGCUCUAGGAACAUAAGUACCCAAUUGCCUUACUGUAAACUGUGCGGGUAUUCAGGGCUCACGUUAACCAUCAUCGCAACCCCAUGGCAGACGAUUUGCGCAAGGGCUGCCGUGUGAGGCUAUCUGGCCUCAGCAUUUCUAUCCUGAAUGACUCUGAGGGCUGCAUCGUCGGCCCGUUCGAUUCGGCUACUGGUCGCCACCCAGUCAAGCUGCUGAAGCCAACGGAGGCGGUGACCGCCUACCCGAACGGAGUCAAGGUCAAGCCCGCGAACCUGGAACGCGUCCAGACACAUAAACAGCCCGUCACUGAAAUCUCAAAGCCAAAGGCGAAGUCAAAGCGCGCCGCACAGAGCUUUGCAGGAGCUGCAAAGGACUUCAUGGAUCCGAGUUCCUGGGCGCUUGGCAUGUCCCCCAGCAAGCAGGCAGAGUGGCUGGUAGAUUGCUACAGGCUGUCAACUGUACCUUCUUUGCUGGUUCCUGAUUACGCGAUGCAUGGCGUUGACAACUCCUCGAACGCCACGCUUGUGUACCACAUGGACAUUAUGCCGGACAACAUCGUGCCUGGCAUUGCCUUCUACGACCGGCACUCAAGGAUGCGUGUCGAUGACGACUAUGCAUGGGGUGGCUGCAACCUACACGGCCUCUACGAUCCAGAACACACAGGCGACACCAUCGUCUCCGAUUUCCUGCUCUUCUGCAAGCUGGCUGUACGCCAUGGCGUCGUGCCGCAUCGCAACUGGGACUGGAACAAGUUCCUGAAUAAAGCCGCUGAGUUACUUGGUUAUGCGUUCGAAAAGUCAGAUGCAAAGGAGAAGUAUGGCAACGAGAACGUGUUUUCGGUCAUUACCGGUGGCCGAUCGCUCCGUGCGACGGCGGAGGUCGUGUACGGCACGUCGUGCAUGGCAGGCUCAGACCAGGAGGAGGACGCGGAGGUGCUGCAGCUUCGGGAGGUUAUUGAGGAUGGGCUUUUGGAGGAAAUGAUGGAAACCCAGCCUGAGCUGUUUGAGGAUGUGGGAGGCGUGGCAGCGUGGGCGCGGCUGCAGUCUAGGAUGGUAGCGGUGCAGUAG